UGAGCAAGUCACGCGCCUCGACCACCCAAACACACGUAUUGAGGAAAUGGCCGUGCGCUAUCUGUCCGCCAGAAGAAGAUAUCCAAUCGAUUUGUGCAGGUUAACAGCAAGUGCCUCGAGCAGGUCUUUUCUAGGCCUCUUUAGCAGCACUGCAGCUGAGCAGCGUAGUGCUGGAGAUGAUUGCCAUGGUGAUGAUGGGGAUGAUGACCAGAGUCAUUCUGUGACACAUGUUAGGAUGUUGGAGAUGAGAGCUAGAAAACUCGAGCAACAGGUUCAUGAUCUCACCGAGCGAUACAAACGAGCCGUCGCGGACUCUGACAACGUCAGAAGAAGAACACAAAAAUUUGUUGAGGACGCCAAAUUGUUUGGGAUUCAGAGUUUCUGCCGUGACAUUGUGGAGCUAGCAGACUUGUUGGAGAAGAGUUCAACAGUAGAAGAGAAAGAUGGACAACAGCAAUUGACACAAUAUCUGGCACACAUACAGGGACGGCUGCAUGAUGUGUUCACCAAGCAUGGACUGGAGAAGAUGAGGCCCAUAGGAGGCCAGUAUGACCCUUAUCAGCAUGAGAUAGUCUGUCAUACUCCCGCGGAGGGAGUUGAGCCCGGCACUGUAGCCGUAGUUAAACAGGACGGUUACAUGCUGCAUGGACGUACCAUUCGCCAUGCCCUUGUGGGUAUUGCUGUGAAGAGGCAGGAGCACUGACCUUGGUUUAGUCCUCUUCUGCUUAACAAGUCUUUUAUAGUGUUAGUAUGUAUAUCAUUGUUCUUACAUCUGUAGACAAUGACAGGAUUUGGAUUUACUUUUUGAAGUAAUGGUUAUUUAUAUGUAUUUAUAAACUUUGUUUUUGAGUUUUCUUAUUUUUCUAACUCUUUUCAGAUAAAUUAGGCCCUGUUAUUGUUUUGUAAAAUCCCUAUUCACAGAUAUCUUUGUGCAUUUAAAGUUUGGAGGGAUUCAUUAUUGUCUUGAUAUGUAAAAAAAACAAGUUUUAUAGUUUACCAAGAAUUUGAAUGUUGUGAGAAAUGUGAAAAUGCACUUUACACCCUUGUCAUGGUGGCUUCUAUAGGUGACGAGCAAUUUGUUUGAAGGGAAAAAAUGACUUUAUAAAAGUUUAUUAUUGGCUUUUCUGCAAUGCAUCAAUAAAUGUCAUAGGCCACCAGUCCCCAAUAACAAAAGAAAAAAUUAUAUUUUUGAAAGAAGGGGAGAGUACACAUGUGAUGUAAGUGUAACCAAAGUGAAAUUAAACUGGAUAUUUGGGAGAUUAAAACCAUGAAAAAUAUUUAUAUGUAUUUAUGUUGUUAAAAAAAAGUUUACCCAUUGUUUUAUUGUUUUUGAGAAAAGUGAUUUACAUUAUAUUGUUUAACACUAACGUUUUCACAAAUGUAUGCUUGCUUGUAAAUGUUGAAAAUGAUUAGUUUUGCAUUUCAGACGAGAUGUUUUGAGAGAAUAAAAUCUCAUUUGUUCA